GGAAACGCGGUGGCUGUAGACAGCGAGAAACUAAAGGUAAAGAAAGUCUAAAUCCGCCAGCCGCUUCUGCUCACGACUAGUUGAGAAUAGGUGCUGAGCUAAGCUGUCACUGUAUGAAUAAUGCGUUUUAAUGCAAGUGCACCAGGAUAUGUUUUUGUAUUAGUUUAAAGCUUGGAGAAUGCCAUUUAAAAUAAAAAGUAAUCCCUGCUCUCAUUCAACGAGGGUGAGGCAUACCCCUGAGAACUUAAACUGGCCUCGGGGGUGAACAUAAGACAACUUCAAUGGUGCCUCGGAGAGUACAGACCGCUGGUGUUGUACAACUCGCGAUCCCGGUGGCCAGCUUGUGAGGGCUAUUCCGCUGAGCCGCAAACGUGAACUCGGCAAGUCAGGCAGCAUCCGUGAAGGGAAGCGGGCUGUCGAAGUAUCAGGACGAGACCCUUCAUCUGGGCUGGCCCGAUGACUCUGGAUCUCGACCCGAAAUGUCGGCGGAUCCACCUCCUUCCGCUGAGCUUCUCCGGCAGAGUGUUGCUCCGCAUUCCAGCCUCUUGUCUGUCCACUCUGUUGAGUCGGCGCGAUUCUUAUUUCCCUCAUGAGCGCUGAGCCGAUGAUAGACGACGACAAGGGUCGCGCGAAAGUGAAGCCGCUGUCUCGCAGGGUGACUGCAGCUUACAGCAGGAAGAGAGUGCGAACUGGGAACGUCACUGGUGCAUGGUACAGCUCUCAGGCUUACCUCAAUUCCAACUGGCUAAAGUUCCACUUGGCAAUCGAUCGGUAUGCAUUGUACCCCCGAGGCGAGCCCUUUCUGGAUCUUCUGCUCGAAGAAUUGGCCAUUCUUGGUAUUAGUGAAGUCGAUUUUACAUAUGAUGGAAAGGCUCUGAAGGGGAGGUGCAACUGUAAAGAAGUUGUGAAGCCAAGUGGAGUCCAUCUGAAAGUACUCCUACAGUUUCAGAACUUUGGGAAGGCCAUCUUCAAGCCUAUGAGACAGAAGCGCGAAGAGGAGACUCCAGGAGAUGUUUUUUAUUUUGUUGACAUCCAAAGGCAUAAUGCUGAGAUAGCCGCAUUUCAUCUGGACAGGAUUCUCGAUUUCCGCCGAGUUCCCCCAGUGGCGGGCAGACGAGUUCACCUCAGUAAAGAGAUCCAAGACCGGACCCGAAAUGAAGAUUUGAAAGGGAGUUUUUUCACCUCGCCAGACAACAAUGUAUGUUUCUAUUCAAAAUGCCUUUACUCUUGUAAGACCGAGUAUGCAGUUUGCGGGAGACCACACCAGCUGGAAGGGUCUGUCUCUGCCUUUCUGCCUGACCUGCACAUUGCCCAGCGAGAGCUCAUCACAAACCCCUGGAGCAGGUCCUACACAUUUGCAGAUAAAGCAGAGUGGGAAAUCAAUCCAAACUAUUGUAUAAAGAUCAAAAAAACUCCUCCAUACAAUACUGGCAGUAGGUUGCUGAACGUCAUCGAUAUGGCUAUUUUUGAUUUUUUAACAGGGAAUAUGGAUCGACAUCACUUUGAAGUCUUCACGAAGUUCGGAAAGGAUGGCUAUAUCAUUCACUUCGACAAUGCCAGAGGGUUUGGGAAGCACUCGCAUGAUGAACUCUCCAUCCUUGCACCCCUGGCCCAGUGUUGCAGAAUAAAAAAAUCUACCCUUCUGCGCCUGGAGCUUCUGUCACAGCCAGACUAUCAACUGAGUGACGUCAUGCGAGAAUCCCUACUCCUCGAUUCCCUCAGUCCAGUUUUAACAGAACCUCACCUACUUGCACUGGACAGGCGCCUGCAGGUAAUACUGAAGGCUGCUCGUGAAUGCGUGCGCCUGCAUGGAGCUGCCAACGUAGUCAUGGACGAUGUGGGAGAUGAGUUUGACAGGAUGGACUUCAACAGCAGCGUGCUCACCAGCUAACAGGCCACUAGUGUCGAGGAAAGGGAGUUACACGAAGGCAAGGACUGCAGCUCGAGUGAGGUUAGAAUAUUCCUCAUGUUUAAAAGACACGCUCUCUAUUGACGUAGACGCAAGGGACUGUCGAUGCUGGAAUUUAAAGGAACAAACAAGAUCCAGGAAAGAUUCUACGAAUCAGGCAGCAUCUGUGGAAGGAAAUGGGCAGACAAUAUUUUAGAUUGAAACUCUUCAUCCAGUGUGCACUGGAUGAAAGAGUCUUGACCCAAAAAGUCAACUGUCCCCUUCCUUCCUAACUGGCCGAGUUCCUCCAGCAUCUUGUUUGCUGCUCCUCAAUGAUGCGUUAGUUCUUGUGGCAUUUUCAGCUUGUUCUAAAGCUGUGCCAGUGGCGACUGACUCAUCUCAAUAAGCUGCCCCCACCAAUUUCAGAGCUUGCAGCAUAAGUGGUUGAGUUCCUCCAGCACUUGCAGGGUUUCGGUGCACUGGUUCAUUGCUCACCAAAGCCUAUAAGUGGAGCACCUGAUCACGGGUUUGACUGUUUCUGUCAGCUGGGUGAAUGAGCCACACUGCCUGUUUUGGUUGAGGGGCACGGGUGUCCCUAAUGAAAUUGGUACAUAAAGGCCGCAACCUCACCCAGAGCAUCUGGUGUAAUUACAUCCAUGUGGCUGUGACCUUAACAGCAACAAAUCUUUAAAAUGGAGCUGGGCACGAAAAGUUUUCACUUGUCAUUUUGCUUUGCGCAGGUGAAAACUUAUUGGAAGCUCCCGUCUUCGUGAUCAGAAGGGUUGGUCUGAGCUUAAGAACUGGCUUAGUUAGAGUGAGGUUUGAUCCACCUAUUGCAAAUAGACAAUAGACAAUAGGUGCAGAAGUAGACCAUAUGGCCCCUCGAGCUUGCACCGCCAUUUUGAGAUCAUGGCUGAUCAAUUACUAUCAAUACCCGGUUCCUGCCUUGUCCCCAUAUCCCUUGAUUCCCCUAUCCAUAAGAUACCUAUCUAGCUCCUUCUUGAAAGCAUCCAGAGAAUUGGCCUCCACUACCUUCCAAGGCAGUGCAUUCCAGACCCCCACAACUCUCUGGGAGAAGAAGUUUUUCCUUAACUCUCUCCUAAAUGACCUACCCCUUAUUCUCAAACCAUGCCCUCUGGUACUGGACUCUCCCAGCAUCUGGAACAUAUUUCCUGCCUCUAUCUUGUCCAAUCCCUUAAUAAUCUUAUAUGUUUCAAUCAGAUCCCCUCUCAAUCUCCUUAAUUCCAGCGUGUACAAGCCCAGUCUUUCUAACCUCUCUGCGUAAGACAGUCCAGACAUCCCAGGAAUUAACCUCGUGAAUCUACGCUGCACUUCCUCUACAGCCAGGAUGUCCUUCCUUAACCCUGGAGACCAAAACUGUACACAAUACUCCAGGUGUAGUCUCACCAGGGCUCUGUACAAAUGCAAGAGGAUUUCCUUGUUCUUGUACUCAAUUCCCUUUGUGGUAAAGGCCAACAUUCCAUUAGCCUUCUUCACUGCCUGCUGCACUUGCUCAUUCACCUUCAGUGACUGAUGAACAAGGACUCUGAGAUCUCUUUGUAUUUCUCCCUUACCCAACUCUACACCAUUCAGAUAAUAAUCUGCCUUCCUGGUCUUACUCCCAAAGAGGAUAACCUCACAAUUAUUCACAUUAAACGCCAUCUGCCAAGUAUCUGCCCACUCACCCAGCCUAUCCAAGUCACCCUGAGUUCUCCUAACAUCCUCAUCACAUGUCACACUGCCACCCAGCUUAGUAUCAUCAGCAAAUUUGCUGAUGUUAUUUUUUAUGCCUUCAUCUAAAUCGUUGAUGUAAAUCGUAAACAGCUGUAGUCCCAAUACUGAGCCCUAUGGCACCCCACUAGUCACCACCUGCCAUUCCGAGAAACACCCAUUCACUGCUACCCUUUGCUUUCUAUCUGCCAACCAGUUUUCUAUCCAUGUCAAUGCCUUCCCCCUGAUGCCCUGAGCUUUGAUUUUACCCACCAAUCUUCUAUGUGGGACCUUAUCAAAUGCCUUCUGAAAAUUGAGGUACUGGAAAUCAGAAAUAAUAGUAGAGAAUGCUUGGGGGGAGAAAACAGUUCACAUGACAUCUGUGGAGGGAGAGAUUUAAUGUUGCUGAUGGAUGAUCUUUUUAUCAGAAGUAAUGAAAAGUCAUUGAACUGAAUUAGAGACACAAGAGGCUUCAGAUGCUGAAAUCUAGAGAUAAAAAAAAACAACCUGCUUUAGGAGCAACACACACAAAAUGCUGGAGGAACUCAUCAGGCCAGACAGCAUCUGUGGAAAAGAGUACCGUCAACGUUUCAGGCCAAAACCCUUCCAAGUUCCUCCAGCAUUUUGUGUGUGUUGCAGAUCUCCUCUUAUUUGUAACCUGCUUUAGGAACUCAAGGGGUCAGGCAGCAUCCGUGGAUGGAGGCAUUUCAGGUUGGGGUCCUUCAUCGGGACUGGAAGGGUAGAGGGGGAGGCAGCCAAUACAAAGAGGUGAGGGAGAAGCAAUGGUGGAUCCAGGUGAGGAGGGACGAUAGGCAGAUGGAGGAGAGAAGAGUGGAGAUAGCGACCGAGACUGGGAGGUGAUAGACAGAAGCAAAAAAUGGCUGCAGGUAAUGGAACCUGACAGAGAAGGAAGGUGAAGCAUGGGAUUAAAUGAAGGAGGUUGGGUAAGCAGCUGGAAAGACUGGGAGAUGAUGACUCUGUGGGAGAGUGAUGAGCAGAUGAAGUAGAUGAGGGGGGAAGAAAAUGAGUGAUCGCGGACUGUGGGGAGGGUGCUGAUGUCUGGUAUGUUCAGGAGCCACAGAGGUCAACUGACUUACUGAGUACCAGAGACCCAGGUUCAAUUGCCACUGCUGUCUGUAAGGAGGUUGUCCGAUCUCACCGUGACUGCGUGGGUUUCCUCCCACAGUCCAAAGACCUACCAGUUGGCCGGGUAAUUGGUCAUUGUAAAUUGCCCCAUGAUCAGGCUCUGGUUAAGUCGGGGGUUGCUGGGCAGUGUGGCUCAAGGGCCUAUUCCCCACCGUAUCCCAAUAAAAAAAAUUCCCACUAAUUUCCAUUUUUAUUUGGAAAACGGAAUAUCCAUUAUAACAGUCAAAAGCAUCAGCAUCAUUGCAGCAUAGAACGGCUUAAAAUUUACAACGUAGGUGAAGGCCAUUAGGCCCACCCUGUCUGUGCUCGUCAAAAACAGUCCUAAAUUUGUCGCAGCUCUUCAAGCUUACAUGGAAAUGCCUUUGAAAUGUGAUGAGACUUUUGUCCACAUCAUCCCUUCAGCAUGUGAAUUCCAGACACCUACUGCCCCCUGCACGAAAUACUUCUUUGCCUUGUCCCCCUACCAAUACCUUAGAAAUAAUUUAGUUGUGAUACUUUGAAAUAACUAUACAUGCCACCCCAAUAAAACUGAGCCAGAAGGGAGGCAAAGGAGCUGAACCACUUCAAAGGAAAUUCUUAGCUAAAACAUUGUUAAAUAGUGUUCUCUUUAUUGUUGUUUAGCAGAUAUGAAGGUAUGCAGGUGUUGUAAUCUAGAAAGUGUCUGAUGCAAAAUACAAAUGAGCCAUAUUGGUAAUGUUAGCAGUACAGCUGCACGGAUUAGAAAUUAUUUUCAUCCCUGAAUUAUAAUUAUUUAAAAUAACCGUCCUGUUCUCAAAGACCUAGAACUUCUAAGAUAAGAUCAAUCAAGAGAAAAACGAUUCCGCAGACGUACUGUAGCCGGCUUCAAAAUGUAUCUGAUCUCACACAGGGAUUCCAUUAGGGCAGCUGUUAAUGGCUAUUUAAUCACCAGGUUUAAUUGCAAUUCCAUCUGAGCAGCUCAAUAGCACAACCAUGUGCAUACUUGCCAUUGGUGAUGGAAGUGGAAGUUUAAUAUGUUGGAAGUCUUCUGCUAUUUUCACAUCACAAUGUCAACAUAUCCUUGACAUAAUAUAAACCCUUCAUUCUUUUCUGUUUCAGCCAUAAAUCCUGAUACUUCUUUUAGAAGGUCUGAGCAUUUUUUUUCUCGAAAAGGUUUCUAACCCUGUCAGUGUUUCAGACUCACAUGGCCACAGGACCUCAGUUAGAUACAACUUGCGGCGUAGCAAAUCUCCCAAAGAUUCAAAAGCUUGGGAUUUAGCAGGACGCAGCUGUCCAGCCUUUCAAUAUGUGGUGUGUGAUGCACGGUUUGUCCACACAGUCUUUUACUCUGUCGGAGGUGUUAAGGAUGUUUCCCCUUUUGGAACAAAGAACAUAGAACAGUACAGGCCCUUUAGUUCAGUAUAUUGUGCCGACCUGUUAACCUACUCCAAAAUCAAUCUAACCCUUCCCUCCCACAUAGCUCUCUAUUUCUCGAUCAUUUAUGUCUCUUAAAUCUCUAUAAUGUAUCUGCCUCUACCACCACCCCUCGCAGUGUGGCCUCUCUGUGUAAAAAAAAUUUUAUACUCUCUGUGUAAACAAACCUUCCUCUAACAUCCCCGCUAUCACUCCUCAAAUUAUCUUAAAUUAUAACCUUUCGUAUUAUCUAUUUCCACUCUGGGGAAAAAAGGCUCCGACUGUCCACCCUUUCAAAGCCUUUUAUUAUCUUUUUUCCCCCAAUAUUUCUAAAAUAACCUUCAGCUCCAAUCUUUUGUGAGACUCCUUAAGUCCCCCAAGCCAUUUGCCUUCCAUUGUGUCACAAGGACCCGAGAAUUUUCCCAUCCUGAUUGGAGAAAAUCUUGGCAACCUGGUCACAUGAUGUUCAGGCAAGUAUGACAUCUGACCACAUGAUACUUGAUCACACUUCUGAUGACAUAACAACAACCACCAUUGUUGAAUUAACCUCAGGGCAGUUGGGUCUUAGGCCUGUUGUUGGGUUUCUGUCAUAUCAUGUGCCAGACAUCCUAAUAACAAUCCUACACCCAGACUGUGGUUGGGGCAGGUGGGAGUGAGGAACAAGAGAGAUUUCAGGGAUGGUGUAAUAGUUGAACAGUGGGAAAAACAGUUGUAGCUUUUUUGAUGUGCUCAUUGUCACAAUGAGAUUCACCUCACCACCACGUUGCAUUAAGGUGGGGUCAGGACAUUCCUCUUCCACUAAACUUAAAGACAUACAAAAUCAGAGAAGUUGCCCUCCCUUCCCGUGCCUGCUCUGCCGUUCAAUGUGAUUAUGACUGACUUUAUACCUCAGUGCCACUCACUCUCCUGCACUAAGCCCAUAUCCUUCAUUCUCUUCAUAGUUAACAAUCUUUUGAUCUCGGAAUUGAAUGUGUUUGGUAAGCAAGCCUUCCCUGCUCCCAUGGGGAAAGAAUUCCAAGGAUCCACGACUGAAGAAAUUAUCACUGUUCUGAACAGCUUACUUUUACUUUGAGACUCUGUUCUGAAUGAAGCAGGUUGACCAUGAACCUGAAGCAGUCAAUCUGAACUUAGGACCUCAACCUCUCCGUAGACCUGUCCCUCCCUGCCCUGCAGGCUGCUGAUUUUUCCGAAGUGUUCAGCCUCUGCCCAUUUCCUGAUCCUCAAUCCCAGAUGAGUUAGGCUCUGCCCACUUCCUGAUCCUCAAUCCCAGAUGAGUUAGGCUCUGCCCACUUCCUGAUCCUCAAUCCCAGAUGAGUUAGCCUCUGCCCACUUCCUGAUCCUCAAUCCCAGAUGAGUUAGGCUCUGCCCACUUCCUGAUCCCCAAUCCCAGAUGAGUUAGCCUCUGCCCACUUCCUGAUCCUCAAUCCCAGAUGAGUUAGGCUCUGCCCACUUCCUGAUCCCCAAUCCCAGAUGAGUUAGCCUCUGCCCACUUCCUGAUCCUCAAUCCCAGAUGAGUUAGGCUCUGCCCACUUCCUGAUCCUCAAUCCCAGAUGAGUUAGGCUAUGAGAGGCAGCCCUCCGCAAAAUGUACUCCUCUGGUCCACAGCACCUCUACCAGAGUUUCAGGAGCUGCAGCAGCGAAUUCCAGGAACGCCAGUUGAAACUUGAAGAAUUAGGUAUCCAUUAUGGGGAGGCAGGAGUGGGGGCAAAUCACUGGCAGAAAAAUGCACAGUUCUGCAACUCCUGGUCACAGCACAACUACACCCGUCAAGUUCAGAGUUCAUACCCAUCAGCCAACUUGCACACUGUGAUGACCCACUCAUGGAAAAACUGUGUUAACUUAGAGACAUUAAGUUAACUCUGAACAGGAGACAUUAAGUUAACUCUCUUUCCAUUAGGCAUAUUUAAAAAUCUCUCAGAUAGGCACAUGGAUGAUAAGCAGAGUGGAGGUCUAUGUCAGAGGAAAGGAUUAGGUUGAUCUUAGAGUAGGUUAGAAAGUCAGCACAAAAUUGUGGGCUGAAGAACCUGCACUGUGGUGUAAUGCUCUAUGUUCUAUUAAAUGUUCUCCUAAUCAGCAGUCUUUGUCUCCAGUAAGUAAAAUAUACAAAUAUCCUUGGAUUCACCCUGUAACAGGGAAGCUUGCAUUGUAUAAUUUGGAAUUGUAAUAUAUAAUAAUAAUUAAGUAUUUUCUGCAUUGAAAAUGUGCUAUUUAUUUUUAGAAUGAACUAAAUGUUCUUUUGAUUAUAGGAAGAUAACAAUCUCUCAUGAGGGAAAUAAAAAUGAUCUUUUAUUCACUGGU